AUGUUCUUUCAAGGAACGCUGCAGGAAGGCAUCGCCACGGCUCUCCAGCAGUCGAAACAAGUCGUUUGCUUCGUGACAGAUGGUGGUGAUGAGAGCGAACAGUGGGAAAAUGACUUCUUGGCCAACGACAGUGUCAAGAUGCCGCUUGAGACUCAGGCCGUGUCUCUGCGCUUAGAGGCAGGGUCCGAGGAGGCCGGCUAUCUGGAGGCGCUGUUCCCUGUCCCUCGCAAGCCAACGGUGAUUGUUAUCCAGAAUGGCCAACUCAGAGAGUACAUCGCAGCAGGCACCUCGGAAGAGGAGUUUCUGCGAAGGCUGGGCACUGCCCUAGGAGGCUCCUCGACUCAAGCUCCUGCACCCGCAGUCGCUUCUUCGUCAACGCCCCCUGCCCACAGUGGGACUUCUGCACAAGCAGCGCAAGUUCAGGUACCAGGGCCAGCUGUAGACGACGGCGACGACGACGACGACCUGUACGGGGAUGUCGCGCCGUCGUCUGUCGCCUCGCAGCCCGGCCCAUCCUCGUCUUCGAGUCAGCCACCCCCUCAUGUCGCAACUCUCCUGGCGGAGCGCGCAGUGCGCCUCGAGGCGGAAAAGAAAGCCAAGGAAGCGGCAGCGAAGGCCGAGGCCGCCAAGCGAGCGCAGGAGCGGCGCGAGCCCAAGGAGACGGACGACGGGCAAGGCAACAUCAGCGCAGCCGAGACCAAGUACGCCAGCCAGCUGCGCAAGCGCAAGCAGGAGGAGAAGGCCGAGCGCCAGCGCAUCCUCCAGCGCAUCGAGGACGACAAGCGCGAGCGCCGGGAGCGGGAGGCCCAGGAGCGCCAGGCCCGGCUCCUGCUGUCGGCGACGCAGGACGCGGACGCGCCCGCCCCGGGGAGCGCCGGCCAGGCCGUGAAGCUGCCGAGCCGGGCCGAGCCCGGGUCCGCGAAGAAGCACUGCAACCUCCAGGUGCGGCUGCUGGACGGGUCGACGAUCCGGCAGCGGUUCCCCAGCGAGGCGACGCUGGCCCAGGAGGUCCGGGGCUGGAUCGACGAGACCCGCACCGACGGGGCCGACCCCUUCUCCUUCCGCGUCCUCCUGGCGCCCCUGCCCAACAAGUCGGUCGACCCGGCCGAGGAGGCCGACUCGCUGCUGGACCUCGGCCUCGCGCCCAGCGCCACCCUGAUCCUGGUGCCGCACCCCCGGGCCGCGACGGCGUUCCAGCGGUCGGGCGGCGCGCUGUACCAGGUGUGGGCGGGCAUCUACGGGUUUCUCGCCAUGGUCCUGGGUUUCCCGCUCAUGCUCCUCGGCGGCGACGGGAGAGGACCACAGACGGAACACGCUGCCCAGGGGGAGAAUGUCCCCUUGAACAAUUUAGAUGGGCAGAGUUCCGCAAGGGAGGGCCAAGGCCAGGGUCAGGGGGCAAGAUUCAGAGGGUUCCAAAAUCCAGACGACCGGAGGCGGGAUCAGCAGCUCUACAACGGCAACUCGCUGAACUUUGAGCCGCGAAAUGACGAGGAUGAGCAGGAGGCCAGCUGA